AUGGCGCCAGCAUCGCUUAGUGGAUCGGCACAGUAUCCCGAACAUGAUCUGUCCGAGUUUCCGGCCUCACUCAAAGGAAAGCGCAUUCUGCUGUGCACCGAAUCCUUUGGCCCUGUCAAUGGAGUGAGUCGGACAACUCUGAUGCUGGUGAACCACUUGCGUGAUCACGGUGUCCAAGUUGCGGUUGUCGCCCCUCAUAAUCAUACCAACCAAAAUACCUUUUCACCUCCUCCCUCUCCCACACUCUCUCCUGCAGACAAACAGCCAGAAGUCAGAGUAACUGGAUACCCCUUGCCCUUCAACCCGGAACUGUCCAUUGUAUAUCCCGUCCGCAAUUCUACUCUCUAUUCCCGCACAUUUGGCGAUGAUGCACCACCCGACCUCAUCUACCUUGCAUCUCCCGCCAGCCUGGGCUUCCAAGUCAUGCUGCAACUGAGACAACAGCCAAAGGAGAAGCAAAUUCCCAUCAUUUGCAACUUCCAGACAGACUUGGCUGGCUACUGCUCCAUCCUUUUCCCGGCGCCUCUCAGCCACGCGGCCGUAUUUGCAUUUGACGCCGUCCAGAGCUACCUCUUCAGACAUUCAUCUAUCAAGACCAUCUUUUAUCCCUCUAGAUUCGUCAGACGAUAUUUGGAGAGCCAAAAAGUACAAAGCAACAAACUAGAGGUGUUGACAAGAGGAGUCAACACGACAAUGUUCAACCCAAGCCGCAGGAGUGAAGCUCUCCGCAAAGAGAUUGCACCAAAUGGAGAAAUCAUCUUUGUUACUGUUUCCAGGAUCGCUGGCGAAAAGGGCUUCGAUUUUCUUGCCAAGGUGGCCAAAGAAUUAGACGCCAAGGGGCUUCCGUUCAAAAUGCUCAUUGUGGGAGGAAACCGAAACCCCGAUAUGGAAAAGGAAGUUCAAGAGCUAUUCGACCCCCUCAGGACCAAAGGCAGCGUCGUUUUCGCAGGCUUCAAGGUCGGAGAAGAUCUCGCUACUGCUUAUGCUAGUGGCGAUGUUUUCCUGCACUGCUCCGUCACAGAAACUUUUGGCCUUGUUGUUUUGGAGUCCAUGGCCAGCGGCGUUCCUGUGGUGGCUCGCGAUGAAGGCGGCCCCUCAGAUAUCGUUUCCCACGGGGAUACGGGCUACUUGGUACCGCCCGAUGAUUUGGAUGGAUUUGUUGCCAAGGCCGUCAAACUCGCCGAAGACCAUCAGUUGCGAUAUACCAUGGCCAAACAAGCUCGCGCCGCUGCCUGUGAAGCAACAUGGGACAAGAUCAACAACAAAGUUGCAUGGCGCAUGGCUGAUACCAUUAUCCAACGCGAGGAAGAGCAAGGAAAGAUGCCUCAACAAUCUGAAAGUUCAGCAGUGUCAGCAACAGCCGCGGCCCAGCAAUUGGUUCCAGUGUACGGUUGGCUCAUGAUGAAUAACGCUCUUCGGGAAACCGUUACGCGUAGUGUCGUCGACGCUCGGCUUAUGGGCGGUUUGGGUGUUAUUCUUAGCUUCUGGGUUGUUACAGGCGCGUAUGUGGCAUUCACUGAAGGCCUCUUGUGGGCCAAAGGCAGGAUGAGAGCCGGGGAUCGCAAUGUGCCACUUUCGAAAUAA